AAAGGGAGGAAGGGCAAAGGGAAGAGGAAGGGAGGGAAGGGCGAGAGCAAGGAUGAGACGGACUCCAUGGAUGCGGCAUCAGUGGCACCAUGGCAGCACGUGGACCACGUUGUCAUGAACCUGCCCGCCUCUGCCAUCACAUUCCUCGACUCCUUCCGCGGUGCCUUUUCCCGCGCCCACUGGGUGGGCCCCCUGCCCCUCGUCCACACCUACUGCUUCCAGCGCUCAGGCCAGUCGGCAGAGGCAGUGAUCAAGGAGGUGGAGCAGCACCUUGGAGCGGCGGUCGAUGCUGCCGCCAUGUCUAUCUAUCAAGUCAGGAACGUGGCACCCAAUAAGGACAUGUUGUGUGUGUCGUUCCGACUGCCAGAAUCAGCCGCUUUUGCUGCAGACUCGUAGGUGCGGGGGGUGUCAAGAUGAGUACCGAUUCUUGGCCCAACAACACCAAGGAUUCUUAUUCUGACUCUAGUAGUCAUCACAACAAGCUUCCUGCGUAUUUCGUUGGUAUGCAUCAUUACUUACUAUGCUGUGUUGCCUUGCCUAUUGUUGGAAACAAAGAAUUGGAGAAGUAACCAGUUUCUGUAGUAUCGAGACUAAAGCGAUACUGUGGAGUGGUCAACAACGAGUACGGCGAGUCAACGGAGGUUACAUGCGGCAGUUGUGCUUGUAAUUAAAGCGCGUGGCAGUUGAAAUAACUUGUCCUAUGUUGUAGAAGACUAAGUAUAAAACUGCAAAUACGAA